GUGUUGUGUUGAUCCAUUUAUUUAAGCAUGAAGUUUACAAUUGAAAUUCAGUGGAUUCUUUGUUUAAUGAUUGGUUUUAGGGCCACAUUGUGAUAUCUGUGUUAACUUAAUUUGUUCUCUUUAUGCAGUUUCGUCUGGUGGUGAAGACAGCCCUAAAACUGCUGCUGGUGUUUGUGGAGUACACCGAGUCUAACGCCGCCCUGCUCAUAAAGGCUGUUAAUGCUGUGGAUGCCAAAAGAGGAACAAAACUGUGGUCAAACAUCAUGGAAAUCCUGGAGGAGAAGGAUGGAGUGGAUACAGAGCUGCUGGUGUAUGCGAUGACACUCAUCAAUAAGACGCUGGCAGGCCUGCCAGAUCAGGACUCGUACUACGACAUGGUGGACUGUCUGGAGGAGCAGGGUGUCGAAGCGGUGGCCCAGAGACACCUGAGCAGGAAGGGCACGGACCUCGACCUCGUAGAACAGUUCAACAUCUACGAGAUCACUCUCCGCCACGAGGACGGAGACGAGGAAACCCAACUGCCUCCCAGCGUCCGCAAGGAGCGCCGGCGGGCCAGUGUCGGGGGAACCAAUGAGAAGCGAGGCCUGGAGAGAAGACGCAGCCGGAGACAUUCGCUCCAAAACAGCAGAGGCCACGCUUCCGCCCCAGCAUCUCCCAGCAGCCCUCAUACUCCCGCAAGCCGCUUCCUGCCCUUCGGUGGCCAACGUGUUGAAGACAUCAGUGAAAGGAUCAGUGCCAAUGGCAGUCCAUACCCUGGCAGGCACCCCCCUCCCACGUCACCCAGCCAGCGCCUCACCAGUUCAGCUGCCUCCACACCAGACUCCAAAUCAGUUGACAGACCUGCUUUAGGGGGCUUGCUAACGUCUUCACAUAGACAGCAUCAGGAGUCUCUGUCUGCGGAAAGAGAGCGAAGACGUUUGGAAAGAGAAGAGCGACUGCAGAGAAUCGAAAGAGAAGAGAGGAACCGCUUCAAUAAAGAUUAUGUAGAGAAGAGGGAAGAAGCAAGACACGCCAGAGAGGAGAGGUACAAGGCCGUGGAGAGGCUAGCCUCAGAGGAGUUUGAGCGGGAGCGCCCCAGGGUGCCAACAAGAGGACGAACAGAGAUCACGUUGUGUUUGAGUCCCAACCCUGUGAGCCGCUCUGUGUCCCGCUGUACCACUCCUUCGUCUAUCAUCUCACAGGAAGACACUGCACAACAAACGUCAGGAACCAAACGUAUCUCAGAGCCAAACCUUGACCCGCAAAGCAGACCCGAAAGUCUAGCGCCAGAGUUAACAGUACCAGAACCUCCCCCCGAGCCAGACACCCAGCAGACUGAGAAAGAGUCGCCUGCAGAGACAGAGGAUGUUGAAGAGACUGAGUCCCAACAGAAUGUUGAGCCAGAGUCGGCGUCAGAUGAACAGUCAGGAAUAGAGACAGAAAAGAGGCCGGAGCAGGAGAAGCUUGAGGAGCAGACGCAGUGUGUGGAUGAGGUAGAAGCAGAAGAGGAAGUGAAGGAAGUGGAGGUCGUAGAUGUAGCAGAGGAGGGACAACCAGAGGUGGAGGUGAAUGUGGAGGAAGAGCAGCCGACGGAGAGGGAUGUAGAAGACAGUGUACUGCUGAGUGAGAAGGAGAGACAGAACGAGGAAGUGAAUGAAAAGGACAACUGCUCCGCAUCCAGCAUCUCCUCCACAAGUAGCACUCUGGAGAGGGAGGAGCGGGAGGAGAAACUCACCAACGACAUCGAAGCAGGCCAGUGGACCCAGUGCAUUAAAGACGCAGAUGUGAACGACCAGUGCAACAAAAUACUCAACAGCAAGCGCUUCAUGCUGGACAUGCUCUACGCUCAGGCCACAACCAGCAAGGAUGAAGAGAAUGUAGCAGAAACGGAGAAAGAGAACUGUAAAUGUGAGAAGGAGGCAGAGGUGGGCGACUCCUCUGUGGCUAGCCUGGCCAGCAGGAUCUCCACACUGGAGGCUCACAGACAGGCCAGGGAGGAAAACGUGAAGAAAAUGGAGGUGGGGCAUCUGGACAACCAGGGCAAUGUGCGAGCAGUGGCAGAGAAGUUUGGCGAUCUGGUCAAAGGCCUGACAUGUCCUCCGGAGGUGGAGGCCUCUAAAGAGCAGCAGCAGACAGACAAAUCAUCAACGGCUGCCACGGCAACCGCACCCCCCAAGAAAGAGUCGGACUAUAUUUGGGAUCAGCUGAUGGCCGAACCCCGGGAGCUGCGCAUCAAAGAGAUGGACUUCACGGACCUGAGGGACGAGGACGACAUGGACAUUUUAGAUAUGGACAGUCUGAUGGGCUCAAUCAUGCCCCCUCUCCCCCCGCCCUCCCCCCAGCUGAAUCGAGGGGAGAUGCCUCUCUUCCAAAAGAAGAAGAAGACCAUCCGUCUCUUCUGGAACGAGGUGCGUCCCGUGGACUGGCAGUGUAAGAGUCAUAAAUUCUGUAAAGAGUCCCUCUGGUCCAAACUGGAGCCAGUCAAAGUGGACACAUCCAAACUGGAGCAGCUGUUUGAGUCCAAGUCCAAGGAGCUGCCUGUCACUAAGAAAGCAGCUGUUGAUGGCAAACGACAAGAAAUCAUCGUCCUGGGUUCAAAACGCAGCAACGCUAUAAACAUCGGCUUGACUGUCUUACCUCCUCCUCGCACCAUUAAGACAGCUAUCCUCAACUUUGAUGAGUACGCACUGAACAAAGAGGGCAUUGAGAAAAUCCUGACGAUGAUCCCCACAGAGGAGGAGAAGCAGAGGAUCCAGGAGGCCCAGCUGGUCAGCCCUGAUAUUCCCCUGGGCAGCGCCGAGCAGUUCCUCCUCACCCUGUCCUCCAUCACAGAGCUGUCGGCCCGCCUGCAGCUGUGGGCAUUCAAGAUGGACUAUGAGCUUCUAGAGAAGGAAGUGGCCGAGCCUCUGCAGGACCUGAAGGAAGGGAUGGACCAGUUAGAGAAGAACAAGACUCUCCGCUACAUCUUGACCACAUUGCUGGCUAUUGGCAACUUCCUCAAUGGCACUAAUGCGAAAGGCUUUGAGCUGAAUUACUUGGAGAAAGUCCCGGAGGUGAAGGACACAGUUCAUAAGCAGUCCCUGCUGCACCACGCCUGCGCCAUCGUGGUGGAGAAGUUUCCAGACAGCACUGACCUCUACUCUGAGAUAGGAGCAAUCACCCGCUUGACCAAGGUGGAUUUCGACCAGCUUCAAGACAAUCUGGCCCAGAUGGAGCGAAGGUGCAAAGCAUCAUGGGAUCACCUCAAGGUCAUUGCGAAACAUGAGAUGAAACCAGCAUUGAAACAAAAAAUGUCUGACUUCCUCAAAGAGUGUGCAGAGAGAAUUAUAAUUCUGAAGAUUGUUCAUCGGAGAAUACUCAACAGGUUUCAUGCCUUUCUGCUGUUCCUGGGCCAUCCGAUAUAUGCAGUACGUGAGGUCAGCAUUCAUCGCUUUAGCAAGAUCCUGAGUGAAUUUGCCCUGGAGUAUCGAACAACAAGAGAGCGCGUGCUACAACAGAAACAGAAGAGGGCCAACCACCGAGAGAGAAACAAGACCAGGGGGAAAAUGAUAACAGAUAGUGGUAAAUUCAGCGGGGCCCCAUCAGAGGCACAGGAGAGCCCGCCUCAGGGGAUCCAGUAUGCUGAGGAUGCAGCCGAGCAUGAGAACAUGAAGGCCGUACUGAAGAGUAGCUUGCAGGGCGGAGAGAGCCCCACGUCCACGGUGCCCGGUCUCCGCACACGCACCAGAGCCAGCGGCACCCGAGGGCGUGUGGCCCCAUGGUGCUCUGCCAGUGACGACCCCGUGAACUGCACAGAUGAUACGGCUGAUGAGAUCAUGGAGAGGAUUGUGAGGUCAGCCACUCAGGGUCCCAGCCAGCGGACGCAACCUCGGGAGAGGAGGCGAUCCCGAGUCAACCGAAAAUCAUUGAGAAGGACACUUAAGAACGGCUUGACUACAGAGGAGGCCAACGCUCUGGGCUUGUCCAGUGGUUCAGAGAUGCAGGUGUGAGAUGGACAAAAGGUCGUGUGGAAGCCCUUUCACUGCCCCUCCAUUGCCUACAUCAAACCUGGCAACCCACUCCACUCUGGCUUGGCAAUAAAAUCCCCCCUAGCUUUGAUGAGUUGACCUUAUCUGUAUGCGUUUUAGUUCACAUAGGCUUGUCACAAGUGCUUCCUGGAGAGAUUGGAUAAAAGCUUUUAUUCAUGAACUGACGGUCAGAGAGCAGAGUGCUGUAUCCAAACCACUAAGCUUUGCUAUUGCUGGAUCGAUGACGUACACUCAUUCAGCCUAAUCACAGUCAUCCUUCCAAAAGGAAAGCACCCUCACUAAAGGGUGUUUUUUAAGGCUGAGGGCAUCAAAAGAGCUGCGUGUGCUUUCGAUCUCAGUGGCCUUGACUGAAUCCAAAGGGCAGGAAGUGUGGUACGGACACUAAAUUCUCCUUGAGUUUAGCGUCAGCCCUGCAGUUUUAGGGACAAACUAAAAGACAUUUCAUCUGUUGAAUAGAUGGCUUUGUGCUGAGGGUUAUAUACUACUGUGGUAGUUUUGUGUUUCUUUUUUAUUUUGCUCAAGAAGGUGCUCAAAUAAGGAACAAUUGCACUGGAUGUAAAAGUUGGGUAUCAAUGGAAUGUGAAAUCCUUGACACUGAUGAACCACUGACAUCGGAAAUAAUACUCAACAGUUAAACCAGCAAAUUUACAGUAGCACAGUUUUGUCUAAUCUAAGUGACUGGAUCAGAAGGAAUCUAUCAGAGAAACUUCCUUUUAAAGAUCUUCUUCAACAGUUAAGGUGAGACUCGUGAUUCCACUUGUCUCAGUCUAAUGCUCAUCAAUAGUUUUAGCUCCAAAAAAAAGUCACAUCAUGUGACCUAUUCUCUCUGACGGACUGAACAGUUUAAGCAAGGCGAGUGCAGUGUUACAAGGAAGCAAUCUUCAGUUAUAUAGUUUUAUUUUCUAGAAACUAUGAGCUGCACAUCUCAGAGUGCCUUUCAGAGACAGUUAUUUAUUCAAAUGUUUUCAGGGACAUUUAAUCAAGAAAAUGUUACUACAGAUGUGCAGUCUGGGAGGGACGAGGGGGUAAUACUGCAAUGUACAUCUUUCACGAGCUGUGAUUUAUUUUUAACCAGUGUUUUUAAUCCUGUCCUGGAUCAAAUAGUAUGUAAUGAAGAUAGCUUUAAAGUAUUUAUGACAUUUUAGGAUUGGUCAUGCACAUUAGCUGUAUCCUGUUGCCUUAUUGUGCAUUGCUCCACUCUAGUCAAGAUCUAAAUAAAGUUAUUAAAAAUAGACCAGGCCAAUUUAAUGUGUAGUUCAGCUGGCUUCACUGGAGAUCUCAGUUUGUCGUUCACAGGACAUUCAUUAUCUAACUAUGAAUGUGAACAUCAGGGGGUAAUUAGCAAUACGGACGCACACAAAAUCUCAAUUAUGUAUCUAUUGAUAUUUACAUCUGUAUUAAAGUAAAAAAGGAGCCCGCAGUUUAACUUUCGAUUGUGUCAUUGUGCUAUUCAUCUAUUUGCAAUGGCCUUGGCUAAAUUAAUAACUUGCACCAUUUCACUUCAUGUCAUAGCAAUGAUUAUUUAUCCACUGUGACGGAAACAUAGCCAUUGAGAAAGAAACACAUCUUGUGCAACAUCGUAAUGAAGCUAUGUGAAACCCACCCAACAGUUCAUGUUCUUGUUUUGUUUGGAAUUAACUGAAAACUAAUCAGCACCUUAGGCCCACUGUGUAGCAUGCAACUUAAUGGGGGGGGGGUUCCCAGAUUGUACUGAUUUGUCAAAAACCAGACAGAAUAGAUGUGCAAGGUAUUAUAGGGGGAAUGCUGUAAAGUGAUGUACAUGUCAUGACAAUGUCUUUGAGUUCUGUUGUUUUGGCUCCAUGUGUAGAAUAGUGUAUUAUAGACUAAAAGCAGUAUUAUUCUAAAUAUAAUUUAAGCACACCAAGCCAUGCAUGGUUUAAAAAAAUAAAAAAAAAGGUUUCACACCGCUCAAUACGAAAGUUGGUUCUCUGUGGUAGGGUUUGUGUUAAUACAUAUUUUACUUCACACACAUUGUGAAACGUGCAGUGUUGAAACUCACCAGCUAGUCCUGUGGAGAGAAGCCUUUGAUUUCAUUGCACUCAACAUUUCUUCUUUGUAAUUGAACAUUAGCCCACCACACAUGUUGCUGCCUGUGCCAUAACAUCACUGUGGAACUUGGAAACAAGUGCUAUACAACCAAGGCUUCCAUCGCGUCUUUGCCCACAGCAAAAACUAUGUAACAAAGUCAAUAAAAAGGCUCAUUAAAACGUU